GCGAUGGACUGGCAGGUGCUGACCAGGGAGCUGUCCCUCUACCUGGAGAGCCAGGUCCGAGUGGGGCUCUUCGGCUCCGGCGUAGGCUUGUCCUUGGUGCUGGGCUUCGGCGUCGCCUACGCCUGCUACUACCUCAGCAGCAUAGCCAAGAAACCCCAGCUGGUGGCCACCAACGACAGCUUCUGCCGCUUUCUCGUGGAAUAUUGCCCUGUUGUGACGGAAACUUACUAUCCCACGAUUUGGUGCUGGGAAGGUCGGAUGCAAACACUUCUUCGUCCCUUUAUCACCUCUAGACCGCAAGUACAGUACAGGAAUGAGCUCAUUAAAACAGCAGAUGGAGGACAGAUUUCAUUGGAUUGGUUUGAUAAUAACAACAGCUUAUAUUAUCCGGAUGCCAGCACAAGACCCACUGUCCUGUUAUUGCCUGGCCUGACAGGAACAAGCAAGGAAUCCUACAUUCUUCACAUGAUCCAUCAAAGCAAAAUGCUGGGAUAUAGAUGCGUGGUUUUUAACAAUCGGGGAAUUGCUGGUGAGGAGCUAUUGACACCAAGGACCUACUGUGCCUCGAACACAGAGGAUUUGGAGGCUGUUAUUCGUCAUGUACACAACUUGCACCCCUCAGCUCCAUUCAUAGCAGCAGGUGUUUCAAUGGGAGGCAUGCUUCUUUUAAAUUACCUGGGCAAAACUGGCAGAGACACUCCUUUAAUGGCAGCUGCAAUUUUCUCUGCGGGUUGGAAUGUUUUUGAAUCUGUAGAAUCUCUGGAGAAGCCACUAAACUGGCUUCUUUUCAACUAUUACUUGACUACUUGUCUACAAUCCUCUAUCAGCAGGCAUCGACAAAUGUUGGAGAAAUUAUUUGAUAUGGAUCUCGUGAUGAAGGCUAGAACUGUUAGAGAAUUCGAUAAACAGUUCACUUCAGUCAUGUUUGGCUACCGUACAAUUGAUGAUUACUAUGAAGAUGCUAGCCCAUGUCGCAAGCUGAAGUCAGUAGGAAUUCCGGUGUUGUGUCUAAACUCUGUGGAUGAUGUUUUCUCACCAGGUCAUGCUAUACCAGUAGAAACUGCCAAACAAAAUGCAAACAUUGCUUUGGUUCUGACUUCGUGUGGAGGCCAUAUCGGUUUCCUGGAAGGAGUAUGGCCAAGGAAGUGCACUUACAUGGACAGAGUCUUCAAGCAGUUUGUGCAAGCUAUGUUCGAGCAUGGAAAUAAAAUCUUUAGCAUGUAGAUUUGGACCACUAUUCUAGCUCAGUGGCACAUUCUGACAAGGGCAGUUAAGCUUAAUGCACAAAUUUUAACUCCUGUAAGCCAGCAAAUGGAUAAAGUCCAUUACUACAUGCAAAACUAUUUUUGCCUAAGAUUUUGUAGCAAGAGACUAAAUAUUAUGUUGUCACUUUUAUAUUUAUUUUUAAUAUGCCUUACUAAGAAUGAUCUUAAAUGAAACAGCAUUCCACAUGCAUCAAGUUGCACUUAACCAAAACCAUCAAGUAGGCAGAUUAUAAUUCCUAUGGAUUUUAAUUUAAACCAGUGCAUAUUUAGGAGACUUAAUUUAGAUGGCUUUUAAUAUUGGAAUGGCAACACUCAAAAUAGCAUAUAUUAUCCUGUCAUGUGUAGUACAAGUUGGCCUGUUCCUUAGGGCACUAAUGGUAAAAAUCUUAAAACAGGAAAACAAAAGGAGGGAAAACAAAGCAGCACUGAUUCUUAAAAUAAGUCAAAAUUUCAGCAUGUUAUUCCAUAGGAUUAGACUGAUAACCUGCUUUUGCUCUUCUGCCCCGAAAGUAUUCAGAUUUAGGGCUAGCUAUUGUUUUUUAAACUGUGUCAAUGCCAUACUUGUCUUACAUGAUUAUUUUUAAACAGCUAAUUUAUAGUGUUUACAUAUAUCCAAAAAAUUCCUUUCAAACAAUACUGUAAUAACUUCUGUAAUUAAAAGACAUCUUCUUGCAUUUCUAAGUUCAGGUAAAGCUUGUGUAAUACAUACCUCAUAACUGGUAAGCUGUGAUUCCAUUUGUUAUGUUUAUAUUACCCUGCAAUAACAUUUCAGUUUUAAGGAACAAAUAUUAGAAAAAUCAAGAAAAAAUGAGAGAAUCCACUUAAAAAAAAAAAGAAAAAAAAAGAAAGAAAAAAGAGCUAUCCAAACCCUUUGUCUCUGCUGAUGUUUCAUGAAACCUCUGAGAAUAUAACAGACUGCUUAAAGAAAGCUGGAGCUGGGAUGGGGGUCAGAGCCCCAUCUCUCUCUGGGGAGAUAAUUUGUCAGCACUUCACCAACAGGCUGUCAAAUCAUUGAAGUCUCUGCAAAGUGAUUUCUGCCCUAGAGGUUUAUGAAUUUGUGAGGCUGACUGGGGUGUCACUGAGCUCCUCAGCCUUGAAACAGAGUGAGAGCCAGCGUGGACCUUGGAGCAGAAGGGACAGUUGGACAGAAUGUAUUCUGAAGUGGAUGGGAAGUCUAAAUUUAGGGCAUACUGAAAUCACAAAAAAGGCUUUUAAGCAGCUUCUGUGGAGCUCCCACUUCAUACUGAUCACUGAUCUGUGCCCAGCCACACAAGAUAAGUCAGUAAAGAUGCCUUUGCAUUUUUAUUUUUAUCUUUUGAGUGGGGUCAGUAUGAGAAGAAAACGGGGAUAUAAAAAGUGAGUCGGGUCUUUUGUCUCAAGCAGUACGUGAACAGCCCUUUUUUGCCAGGCAUGUCUCCUAGUAACAGCCAGGGAAGAACAAAAAUACUUUUUGUCUUUAGAAAAAGAAACUGGGACAUGCUACAUGAAAGCUGGUUUUGUAAGGUGGGAGGUUACAUUAAAAAAUCAGAAAGUGCUUUCAGGUUUUGACUUUUCAGGCAGGCAGUGGUCCUUGCCCAAGUAACAAAGUCUAACUUCUUUUUUUUCUCUAAUAUGGAAAAUGAGACGGACUUGUAAAAGCAAAAUAGCAUUUUGUGCAUGUUACUGCAGUACAUGAAAUCAGCAUAUUAGUAGGGUGCCUUAUUUAUUCCUACAUUCAUUUCCAGUUUUUAUGUUCAUACAGAAACAAUGAGCAAUAAACAAUGUGUUGAGCAUUAUGUUUGUUAAAUGUUUGAGUACAGUACUGUUCAAAACUCAGCAUCAUGUAUUAAUAAAAAUAAAACCACUUACGCACAUCUUGCUGUUCAAAUAAAAUUAACAUCAUUAAUGGCAAAA